AUUAAAAAGCUGACCCUGGGCAAAAUUGCAAACCGAAUCGACCUCAGGCAAGGUGGUGGGUGAAGCCCCGCGCCCGGGCAGUAGCACUUUUGGCGUUUUCCGAGGCGAUCCCUGCGCCUGGACUUUGCCUCCUGGGGGGAGUUUUUUGAACAGCCCCGCAGCCCGGCGCCCAGCUGAGGUGCAGCGGCUGCGGCGCACCCCCGCCCCCCGCCCUUGCACGUGACUCCCACGGGCCAGUCAGCGCCGCCGAGCUAGAGCCCAGGGGCGAGGGGACCCGCGCCGCGAGUUGGGGGACUUGGAGGCGGCCGGCACAGUGGCCGCGAGAGGCUUCGCCGCCGCCGAAGCUCCCGGGGCGCCGAGGGGGGCGCGCGCCGGCCCUCCAGGAAGCUCGAGCCCCGGCAGGACUGCGGCUGCAGCGAGGAGGAAAGGAGCCAGCCGGGCCUUGGGCAUUGGAGCCAGCCUACCGCACCCUGCGCCCGAGGCCGCGCUUGUCCUGAAGACCGUGCGCAGCGACGGCCCCCACGACACCCAAAGGCCCGCGCCCCACACCCGCGCGCGCCCAGGCACCACCCGUAGGCGCUCGGGACCUCCAGGCCCUGGGGUGGAUUCGGCUCCUCCUCCACCACCUCUGGGAACAACCGAAAAUUCAAUUUGGGAUUUUCCUGAGUCCACAAGAGCCUAGAGUCUUUUGCUCAAUGCUGGAUUUAAUACGUAUAUAUUUUUGAGGGAUUUGUUUUUUUUACCUUUGAUUUUUGAUCUUCGUUUUUGUGACAGUCUCUCAUCUGUACAUCAUUAUUGUUAUUGUUAUUAUUUUCUCUCCCCGCUUUGCUCCUUAACCUGCGCGUGAGCGAGAGGACUCAGAAGCCGGGAGCUCGCAGGGGCGAUGUACCAGAGCCUGGCCAUGGCCGCCAACCACGGCCCCCCUCCGGGGGCCUACGAGGCGGGCGGCCCCGGCGCCUUCAUGCACAGCGCGGGCGCGGCGUCCUCGCCGGUCUACGUGCCCACGCCGCGGGUGCCCUCCUCGGUGCUGGGCCUCUCUUACCUCCAGGGCGGAGGCGGGGGCGCCGCGGCCGGAGCCACCUCGGGCGGCAGCUCCGGGGCGGCUCCGCCGGGCGCCGGGCCCGGGACCCAGCAGGGCAGCCCGGGCUGGAGCCAGGCGGGAGCCGAGGGAGCCGCCUACACCCCGCCGCCCGUGUCGCCGCGCUUCUCCUUCCCGGGAACCACCGGGUCCCUGGCAGCUGCCGCCGCCGCCGCCGCAGCCCGGGAAGCCGCGGCCUACAGCAGUGGCGGCGGGGCGGCGGGCACCGGCCUCACCGGCCGCGAGCAGUACGGGCGGGCCGGCUUCGCGGGCUCCUACUCCAGCCCCUACCCAGCCUACAUGGCCGACGUGGGCGCGUCCUGGGCCGCGGCCGCCGCCGCCUCCGCCGGUCCCUUCGACAGCCCGGUCCUCCACAGCCUGCCCGGCCGGGCCAACCCCGCCGCCCGACACCCCAAUCUCGUAGAUAUGUUUGAUGACUUCUCAGAAGGCAGAGAAUGUGUCAACUGUGGGGCCAUGUCCACCCCACUCUGGAGGCGGGACGGAACAGGGCACUACCUGUGCAAUGCCUGCGGCCUCUACCACAAGAUGAAUGGGAUCAACCGGCCCCUCAUCAAGCCCCAGCGCCGGCUGUCCGCCUCUCGCCGAGUGGGCCUCUCUUGUGCCAACUGCCAGACCACCACCACCACGCUGUGGCGCCGCAACGCCGAGGGUGAGCCCGUGUGCAAUGCCUGCGGCCUCUACAUGAAGCUCCAUGGUGUCCCCAGGCCUCUUGCGAUGCGGAAAGAGGGGAUUCAGACCAGAAAACGGAAGCCCAAGAACCUUAAUAAAUCUAAGACACCAGCAGGUCCCUCGGGCAGUGAGAGCCUUCCUCCCACCAGCAGCGCUUCCAGCAACUCCAGCAACGCGGCCACCAGCAGCAGUGAAGAGAUGCGCCCCAUCAAGACAGAGCCCGGGCUGUCGUCCCACUAUGGGCACAGCAGCUCCAUGUCCCAGAUUCCUGCACAGACUUGGGACUUGGAGGACAGCAGAGAGGAGGCUCGGGGCUCCCCGGGGCCAGCCUGCUCUGUCUGGGAAUGACUCCAGAAGAACAACUGGGAAGAAACUUGAAGUCGACGAUUUGGUUAGGGGAGGUGGGUGUUGGAUUUUAUCGGAUACCUUUCCAAGGUGGGGAACUGAAAGAGCCCAGACUCUGAUUGGGAAGAGCCCACCCUUCACUACGAGCACACUUAAUUCCCUUCCGUGGAGUUAGAGAUUUCUUUCUUGUUUUCUGUCCUGUCCUGCCCUGCCCUGCCCCCGACAAGAGAUGAGAUGUCCUUCUCCCCUACCUUUCCACCACUGUGGCCAAGGUGGUGGCUUUUCCAUGGUGUUCCCAGCACCAGGGUGCUGAGGGCGAGUGGAGGGGGCAGGGCGCUGGGACCCCUGCUCCAGCCUGAACCAGGGCAUCUGUUUGAGGAGCAUUUGGAUGCGACAGGCCCCUUCACGGGCAGCUCCUGCCCUUGGCCAACACUCCCCUUCAGGCUUGGCACACCCCUGCAUCCCUCAAUCCUGAAUCUUGACUCCAAAACCACUGGGUGUAGCGCCGAUGUUACUGAAUGCUUCAUGGGGAAAUGGAGGAGAGGGCCACUUCACCCUCCACAUGUUAUGACUUCAACAAGUGGCACCUUGGCAACUUCACCUCCCCUCAAGUUCCUUCCUUCGGCUAACGGCCUCAUCCUUUGGCUCCUUCUCUGCACCCCCAAGGCCUCUGAAAAUAAAAAUCCCUUCCACUGCUCUGAGUGAUUCAGCUCUGCCUUCAGCUUGAACAUAUUUCUCCCUCAGCAAAACAGGAGUUCAGCAGUUUAGCCAAACAGCAGCCCCCCAGAUCCUUCGUCUACCCCAUCACACACAGGGGGUUCUGAACAAGAACAAAAAAGGUUCUGCUGCUAAAGCAAGUUUGACAAACAUUCAUCUAAGCCUUGAGAUCCUUCUGGAGAGGCUGUCUGGUGGACACUGGCCACAGGGCUGGGGCCAGCACUGUGGGGUGGCAGGGGGUUUUCCAUGGAUUCUGCUUGCUUGCACUUGGCUCCUGCUCAUGCUGAUGUUGUUCUGUGGAGAUGUGCCUCUUGGUCAGACAGCAGGCCAAGUCCGUCCAAGGGUCGCAUAGAGCCUGCACCUGCGUCCUUUCUCCAGCAGAAAUCUUUUGUCCAGCAGGCAAAAAGCUAGGGAUUUUGCAACAUAAAUUCAAAGGAAACAAACACAACAAAACAAAACUCACGGAAAGAAAGAUGACAGCCAAUUAGAGAAGACACUGAGGGUGGGCCUUGAGGGCUCUCCAGCUCUGUGCUGUUCUAGAAUUGGCCUUCUCCUCCUCUCCACGUUGCUGUUUCUGCCUGUGACCCUGGGGUCACAAAGACUCCCCUUCCGUGUCCUCGUUGUCAACAGAGCUGUAGCUGACGUGGCCUUACCUCGUCCUUCUCCCAAACACCCAGCCUGCCUCACCCCACUACAAUCCUACUGACUGUAGCAGAGAAUAUCUUUAAACCAAGAUUCUGUUUUAAUCAUUUACAUUGCUUUCUUCCAUGAAGGCCGCCCUCAUGUACCUUCCCUAACCCACAAACCUGUUAACAUUGUCUUAAGGUGAAAUGGCUGUAAAAUCAGUAUUUAACUAAUAAAUUUAUCUGUACUCCUCUUUC